CAGAUCCAUCUUUAGAUCAUAGCCUCGCGGAGUCUCCCCCAGCAGCAGAGAAAUUGGCCGGGUUGCAGGGCAGUCAGAGAAAAGGAUGGCGAUGGAGGGAUUGACAAGCACAACGCCAGGGGUCUCAUUUGAGCCCCGGCUUUGCUGGCCAGCUUUUUUCUCCAACCCGGAAAGAGAGAACUGGACGGAGAUGUAUUUCUGUGUAUAGGGGAAAAAAAGAUUUUCUGCGAUGUAAAAUCUUUCUUUCUCUCUUACAGACAGGGGAACUCCAGGCAGCAUCGGUCAGCAAACAACUAGCCCUUCUCGUUUGCAGGGGAAACAAUCUAGCAGAAUUAGAAGGAGAUUGUGGUGACAUUUCUCUUUAGAGAGGGCCAAAAUAGGCAAAGUAGCCAGCGUGUGUCUGUGUUACUCUCUGCCCCAUAGCACUCUAUCCCUUAUGAAAUUGCUGUUCUUAGAUGCAGUUUUUUGUUCAUUUUGCUAUUUUUUUCUUUUCAGUGUGGCUUAUUGCUCAAUAAGUAAGAUGUAUUUUCCUUUUUCUCCUAAAACUAGUUGCAAGGUUUCCUUUAAGAUGGACCCUCAGACUUUUCUGCUUUCCCAAGUCCCAGCAGAAGAACCAGUUGGUUUGGCCCCAGUGGAUCAGCUCAGUUCCUUCUCUAGGAGAAGACGCAUUUGGUCAGCCUCCAGGAAAGUUUCAGAAGAAGUGAAUACUCUGCUCAAGGAUAUUGAGGAGUACAAUAGGCAGAGGUUCCGUUCUGAUGCUCUUCCUUUCAGAGAAAGUCCCUGGCAGACUCUGUUCCAGCUGGGAGAGGCCGCUCAGAGAUGGCUAAGACCACAGGACCGCACCAAGGGACAGAUUGUGGACGUGGUCAUCUUGGAGCAGUUUCUGCACGUGCUUCCUUUGGGAAUGCAGGCUUGGGUGAGAGCCAGGAAGCCAGGUAGCAGCCAGGAGGCAGCUCAGCUGGCUGAAGCUUACCUGCAGCAACAGUACCCGGUGGCUUUCCAGGAUGUGGCUGUACAUUUCACCCCAGAGGAGUGGGCUCUUCUGGAUAAGAAACAAAGAAUCUUGUAUUACACCGUCAUGCAAGAGAAUUCUGAGAACGUGACUUCCUUAGAGCUCUUAAUUUCCAAAUCAGAUCCAAGUCUUCAGCUUGAGAGGGAAGAAGUGUCACAAGUGGCUGAUCUCCAGGUGGUAAAAGGAAAAGACACUAUUGAUCAAGAGAUUGUAAAUUGUGAGGACGCAACUACGGUUGAAUUGCCCCCAUAUGACAGUUUCCAUAAAAGGGAAUCUGAUAUGAUCUUUCAGAAAGGAGCAGAGGGAAAGAUUCUGCAAUCUGAGGAAAGAGGGAAUCUGAGGCAUCCUUGUGAGGUUUUAGGUCAAUUCGUUUUGAAACAAACCUGUGAAGGUACAGUUGGCAAGACCGUUCCAAGAAAAAAGAGGAAAGAAAAUCUGGAUACAAGAAAGAAUCCUCAUCAAGAGAAGCCUGGAGCAGAGCAAUUCCACGAGCCAUUGCGGUGGGCUGUGCGCUUUGAUCCCAAACGUUCUGGAAAAAUGGAGACCAAAUCCAGAAGGUGGCAGGAGUUGUUACCGGAGUUGACACAAAUUUCUAAGGCCAACAAGAGAAUGCCGAGGAGUAGAUCCCGAUUAACUACUACUGCAGCAAGAAAAAAAUAUACGUGUAAUGAGUGUGGAAAAAGGUUCGAUCAGCCGUCACAAGUUAUUAAGCACCAGAGGAUCCACACAGGAGAAAAGCCAUUUCUGUGUCCUGAAUGUGGGAAGCGUUUUAACAAACAGUCCAAUCUUAAUGUCCAUUUACGUCUCCAUCGUGGAGAGAAACCUUAUAGCUGCCCUGAUUGUGGCAAAAGAUUCAAUGCCAAGUAUCAUUUGCGUGGACACUACAGAAUACACACAGGGGAGAAGCCUUAUGUAUGUGAAGACUGUGGGAAGAGAUUCCCUGUUAAAUCUUCUCUAAAUAAGCACCAACGAAUCCAUACAGGAGACCCCAACCUGCCCAACCUAUCUGAGAUCAACUCAAAAGGCAAUACCCAGGCAGUAUUACCAGAAGUGAUACAGGUGUGCGCAGCUCCUGAAACAGAAACAAUAGUUAAAACUACCACUUGCAAUUCCCCAAUAGGGAUGACAGCGUCAAACAGGAAUUAUGCCUGUUCUGAAUGUGGGAAAAAAUUUGAUCGGCCUUCACACCUUACUAAACACCAGAGGAUUCACAAAGGAGAAAGGCCAUAUCCAUGUACUGAAUGCGGGAAAUGUUUCAAUAAGCAGUCUAACCUUACUGUCCAUUUACGUCUCCAUACUGGAGAGAAACCUUAUGGCUGUCCUGAUUGUGACAAAAGAUUUUGUACUAAAUCUCAUUUGCUUGGACACUAUAGGAGGCACACAGGGGAGAAGCCUUACGAAUGUGAAGCGUGUGGGAAGAGAUUCCCUGUUAAAUCUUCCCUAAAUAAGCACUGCCGAACCCAUACAGCAGACCCCAAGCUGUCCAAACCAACUGAGAUCACAUCAGGAGGAAAUACUCAGGCAAUAUUACCAGAGGUGACCCAGGUGUAUGCAAUUCCUAAACCAGAAAAAAUCAUCAAAAUUAUAAGUCAGAAGCCCCCAAUAGGAAUUAUAGUAUCAAACGGGAAUUUGGUCUGUCGUGAGUGUGGGAAACGUUUUGAUCAGCCUUCACACCUUAUUACACACCUGAGGAUCCACACAGGAGAAAGGCCAUAUCCAUGUACUGAAUGCGGGAAACGUUUUCAUCAGCAGUCUCACCUUAAUGUCCAUUUGCGUAUCCAUACUGGAGAGAAACCUUAUGGCUGUCCUGAAUGCGGCAAAAGAUUCAACAUGAAAUCCCAUCUACAAGGACAUUACAGGAUCCACACAGGUGAGAAGCCGUUUGAGUGUGAAGACUGUGGGAAGAGCUUCCGGGUGAAAUCUUGUCUAACUAAGCAUCAGCAAAUCCAUACAGGAGAAAAGCCAAAUAAAUCUCUCUCCUGAGAAGAAAAUUCACCUAAACACCAGCUCUCUCUCCCUCUGGGGGGAAAAAAAAUUGCAUAUGCUUUGAGUGUCACAAAACUUUUUGCAACCGAUCAGAUUUUAUUCAGCAUGAAAGAAUUCACACAGGAAAAAAUCAUUGUCUGUGUUGCUGUAAGCACUGGAAAUGCAUCACUGAUAAAUAUUUCCAUGCAAUUUUAUAUAUUUAUUUUCCAGGAAUUCACGAAUAACUCUCUUGCAAAUGCUUUUAUGGGGCUGGGGGGAAACAGUGCAUGUUUGGAAUUUAAAUUUUGUGUCCAUCUUCGACAAGCACUGCUCUGUGGCUUAAAAUGCCUUUUUUAGGAUUGGCCCAAAAGAGCUUAGUAAACAGUAGAGAUUCGGUGUGAAGAGACUGAUGCCAUGCUGUCUGGCUUCAAUUUUCCAAGGAACAAGUGGCACUGCCUUCUAGAUAGGUAGGUCUGCAUUCCAGGGUAACCUGAAACUUAAGUAACAGUUAUUGCUGUUCUCAAAGGAGGCUUCACUUGGGACUAUAAGAAAACCUUAGAUUAAUUUUGCAUUUGGUUCCCACUCAUGCAUGGCUAUUUAUUUGAAGCUUGUCUUGAAAUGACAUGAGAUGCUUCAGAAAAAAAAAUAUUUUCAGUCCGGUAGCGGUAAGGCAGAAGAAGCAUGCCUUUUGAAGAAGAAACUUGCCUUUUGUGCUCAGCGGGAUUCAAAAUGAGAUGUAUGAAAUGCGCACAGGUUGGGGGGGGGGGGAAAUCAAAGACAGAUAGGAAUGUAGCUUCCACUUCAAGAUGCUGCUUCAGAAACAUCAGUCGAAAAAGAAAGUCCCCCUCCUGAGUUUUGAUUUCUGCUCCAAUCUAUUUAUUCAGCCAGAUGACUGCAUAACCGCCAGGUUCACCCAUCAUGCUUAACUGAGUCAUGAGGGGUAACUGGUAUGAUUGGCUCCCACCAAUUAGCCCUAAGAAAGUCUAUUUUUAAAUCAAACAGCCCUAGUUGUUUGGAAAUCAAGUAGCAUGUGUGUGAAUGUACUGAACACACAACAUUUAAGUUGUAUUGUCUAAGUUGUAGCUGUCCUGUAGUUUAAGUGAUACUUCCCCUUUCCAUGGCCGGGUUUUGGAGUCAGCCUACAAGACAUGGGCAUUCUAGGCAUUCCAUCUUUGUGGUUGUUUUGGCUUUCACCAUCAGAGUCACAUAGAAACAGUCUAGUCCAGUGAUUUGCCUCAAGAGAGACUGCACCUUGAAGUGGGCAUUGUAAAAAGAGAGACUAAGUUAUAGACAGCUAUAAACACUGGCUAGAGUUGCCUUGCUGUCUUAUGGGGCUAGUCCCUACAACCUUGUUCUCAAAUGCCCUGUUUUUACCUUCAGAAAGCCUUUCAAAACCUGGAUUUUCUCUAGGCUUUAGGGCCUGGAUAUUGUCAGAUAUUCUUGCCUUGGGAUGAUGUAGCUUAUUCUUUGCCUGGCAUCUUGUAUUGUUUUUUUCUAUUGUUUUUAAUGUACUGUAUGUUUCAAACGUUUUGUUGGUUAGUCACCCAGAGCUAUUUGAUAAGAUAAAUCUAUAUAAUAAACUAAUACAUCAGCUAA